AUGGCUUCCAUGCAUAUUGAUUAUCCGAAUUAUACCAUCAAAUUUGAUUUUAUAAUAGAAAAAUUACUCAUAUUGACGAAGAAAAGGUACAAUGAAACAAACUUGAUCAAUAAUUACCUCUGCGAGCUUAACGAUCUUGAUUAUCGAUAUGUCACAAUUUCCAAUAAUGAUGCAGUACAAUUGCUUAUUAAGCAGUUGUGUACUAUUAUUAUACCUGCAGAAACAACUUUGGUUCAAAAUCAUUGUAAACUUUUAACCAAUCUAAUUCAAAAUAAUGUUAAAUUUGAGGAAGAAACAUUUACAUUUUCUAAACGAUGGAUCAUAAAAGUUUUCAAAUUUGCUUCACCACUUGUACAUAAUAAUGUCAUUUUAUCUUUAAAAAGUAUUUUAAUGAAUGAACAAUUUGAUGACAUGAAUCAUUAUUUACAAUUAUUACUUGAAGAUGAUAAAUUGUUACAAAAAUACUUAAAUCCAUGUAAUACACAGUGGUCUGAAAUUCAUUAUCAUGCAAUCAACUGCUUAGAAGGAAUUUUAAUAAGGAAUUAUAAUGGCACUUCUAUAGCAAAAGAAUUGAUAUGCAUGAUUAAAGAUAUCGCAUUACAUAUUGUUUCAUCUUCUUCAUAUGUAAAUGACAGUAAAUUUUAUCAUACUAAAAUUUUAUAUUCAUGCUUACAUAUUUUACAUAUUAUAAUGGCUAAUAAGUUAUUACCACAUUCCAUUGACUUUAUGGGUGAAAUUUUGGGAGUGGUACAAGCAUUUUUAUUUUAUGGUAUUAAAGAUUAUUCACCUGUAAAACCACAACUUCUUCGUCCAGCAGUAAUGAAUCUUCCAGAACAAGUUCAUGUCAUUCCCAAGUGUAAAAAUUUGAAAAAUCACAAAGCAAAAUUAAAAAAACAAUCUACUAAAAAGGUUGCUACUGAAAUAAAGAGUAAUGUAACAGAAUGCAAAGGAGUUAAUAUGUAUUCAAGUGAUUCAGAUACUUCAGAUACUGAAAGUAGUAAUUCCACUCUUAUGGAUUCUAAAGUAAGACUAGAAACUAUACACUUACUGCAAGCACUUGUUGAAAAUUCACAAAGUCGUGAAAUAUUUGGAUUUUGGCCACAAAUUGUUGCCACUGGAUCGCGAAAUGAUGCUCGAGUAUUAACUAGAAUUCUCUUAAAAGAACCUGUAUCUAAAGUAAAACAACACAUACUGAGUACACUAACAGAAUUACUUAUAAAUGCUAAACCUUUCUUAAUGCAUGCAGAGGAUGUUCAUCAUACUUCUUUUAUUACUUUUUUUGGUACAGUUUGUUUAAUGAUUAAAGAAUUACAUUUUACUUUAUCUUUGAUUUUAAAUGGUGAAACAAAUGUAGCAGUUUUGACUCAUGGUUUAAAAUGUGCUGCUGCUCUAAUUCAAGGCACACCAUAUAUCCGUUUACAAACAGGACUUGCUACAAAAUUGAUGAGAAAUUGUAGACCACAUAUAUUUCACAAAGAUCCAACAGUUCGUGUUGCUGCACUGUCAGCAUUUGAAGCUAUUACAUCUUGUGAUCCAGUAACUCCAGAGAUACUUAAAAUACUGGCAAAACAAUCAACUGCAAAUAUAGAAUCAGAUAAAAUGCAUCUACAUGUUUCAAUCACUGAUAAUGUGGAAAAAGAAGAAGAAGAAGAAAUAGAUAUUGAAGAUCUUAAGAAUAAUAUGAUGAAUGAAUAUGACAACAAAUUACUGAAAGAAGCAAAUAUAUGUUUCUUAGUCCAUAUUUGUUUAGAAAAUAUAUCAAAUAAAAUAAUGAGUACACCUGUUCGUCUUCAAUCCUUAAAACUAAUUGGUAGAAUGGCAUUCAGUACUGGAAAUCUUAUAUUCUCACAUUUAGAACUGAUUACAACGACUUUAGUAGAAGUCGUACAAGAUUUUGAAAUACAAGUAAUAUUACAUGCAUGUCGGGCUCUAGAAAUCAUGGCUGGUUGCCUCAUGAACAAUGACUCAGAGAACAGCAAUGCUUCAAUAUUUUGGAAUAUUAUAUUUGAUCCCAUGACACUACUUCUGCAACAUCCGCAAACAAUAAUACGAGAAGCUGCUUAUUAUUAAAUAUUAUAUUUUAUUGAAAAUAAAUGAAAUGCAAAACUACCAAUACAUAGACAGAAAGCAGUUUUAAUUAUCACAGUACUAUUUAAUGCAGUACAUGAUACAGAAAGUGCUGUAAGAGCUGCUGGAUUACGAGCAUUGGGAAUGUUAGUCACUUUACCUGCGCUGAAGGAGGAAACUGGAUUUUUAAUGGAUUUAGCUGAUAUAAUUUGCCUAACUGCUGAUGAUACAAAUCUUGGUGUUCGUAUUAAAGGAGCAUGGGCAUUAGCUAAUUUGUGUAAUUGUCUGUCAAAAGAAAAAAAUUCUGAAGAAGUGGAACCUGUCUCAUUGGAAAUUUUAUUACCAAAAAUCUAUCAAGUUUGUAUUAAAGCAUCUAAGGACAAUGAUAAAGUAAAAUGCAAUGCUGUUCGAACUCUUGGAAGUAUUCUAUAUUUAUGUCCCAACAAACAUAUAUUGAAUGAUACAUCAUUAGGACUAGAAACUCUUAUAAAUUGUGCUAUGUUAGGAAAUGAUAUGAAAGUACGUUGGAAUGCAUGUCGAGCUCUAGGUUUAGUUUUAAGCAACAAUCCAGAUAAUAUAUUACCACGUUCUUGGCGGGAUCAAGUAUUUCCUGCAUUAUGUAAUUUAAUAUGCGAUAGUCCGAACUUUAAAGUUCGUACUAACGCAUCGUGGGCAUUAUAUUCAUGCAAAUCAUUUGGUAAAUACGUUGUAAUUUUGUGGAAAAGCAUUAUCCUAGCCUUCGAAAAUUCUCAACAUGUACCAAGUUACGUCGAAUAUCCACAUCGAGACGCUCUUAUUCAACAAUUGUGCCUUACACUUAGCCAUGUGGCUGCUUAUACAGAGGUAUCAGAUCUGCAAAAUCUGUGGACAGAGAUAGGUGAACAUGUAGAUGAUAUUUCUAACUAUAUGAAGCAGUUUCAGGAAACUACUGUGCCUGAAAAAGUGGGAGAAUUAAUAAAAGCCAAAUCUCAAUUAGAAAAAUAUGUGAAAAGUGCUUCAUUAUUAGAAGAACGAAAAAUUGCACAAACAUUAGCAAGCAUUUUUGAACGAAAUAAACGGUAUGACAAUAUAAACGGUACUAUUUUAACUUAA